AUGUUAAGAGAAGGAACUUCUCAUAGAAAAUUGUUUGCAGAUCAGUUGGUUAAUUGUUGUGUGGGCCAUCAACUAUCACUAGCAAGAAAGUUUGGUGAUGCUGUGUUUGAUGAAAUAAAGUAUAUUAUUCAAUGUACCUUGUCCUGCUUGGUGAGCUAUGUUACUUUGAGGUUGCUUCGUGAAGAACCUAAUGAUGGACAAGGGGCAAUGGAGAGUGGGCGUAAAUGGAUUCUGGACCAUGGUGGUGCUACUGUACUUGGUGUCUUUGAAUGGCCUGGCAAUAAUCCCCUGCCUCCAGAGAUAUGGCUUCUUCCGUACAUCCUUCCUAUUCAUCCAGGAAGAAUGUGGUGUCACUGUCGGAUGGUAUACUUACCAAUGUCUUUCUUAUAUGGGAAGAAGUGUUGGUCCAAUCACACCAAUAGUUUGUCUCUGAGGAAGGAGCUCUUCACUGUCCCCUAUCAUGAAAUAGAUUGGAAUGAGGCGCGAAAUUUAUGUGCAAUGGAAGAUUUGUAUUACCCGCAUCCACUAGUUCAAGAUAUCCUCUGGGCAACUCUUCACAAGGCUGUCGAACUAGUUCUGAUGAAUUGGCCAGGAAAAAAAUUGAGAGAAAAGGUUCUCCGCUCAGCAAUGGAGCAUAUACACUAUGAAGAUGAGAACACUCGUUAUGUUUGCAUUGGACCUGUGAAUAAGGUAUUAAACAUGCUUUGCUGUUGGGUUGAAGAUCCAAAUUCAGAGGCUUUCAAGUUGCACCUUCCAAGAAUCAAUGAUUAUCUAUGGAUUGCUGAAGAUGGCAUGAAAAUGCAGGGGUAUAAUGGAAGUCAAUUAUGGGACACUAGUUUUGCUGCUCAGGCAAUUAUGUCAACUGAUCUUGUCAAAGAAUACAACAUAACUUUAAGAAAGGAACAUGAGUUCAUUAAAACCUCACAGGUUUUGGAAGAUUGCCCAGGUGAUCUUGAUAAUUGGUAUCGCCACAUUUCAAAGGGUGCUUGGCCUUUCUCCACUCGUGAUCAUGGUUGGCCCAUCUCAGAUUGUACAGCAGAAGGAUUAAAAGCUACUCUUCUAUUAUCUAAACUUCCCUCAGUUAUUGUUGGUGAACCAUUAGAGCCAAAUCGUAUAUAUGAUGCUGUCAAUGUCAUUCUCUCAUUACAGAAUGGAGAUGGUGGAUUUGCAACAUAUGAACUCACUAGAUCCUACCAUUGGUUGGAGCUGAUCAAUCCUGCUGAAACCUUUGGUGACAUUGUCAUUGAUUAUCCAUAUGUGGAAUGCACCUCGGCUGCUAUUCAAGCUCUAACAUCAUUUAGAAAGUUGUACCCUGGUCACCGACAAGAAGAAAUAGAGCAUUGUAUCAAGAAAGCGACUGCAUACAUUGAAAAGAUUCAAGCUUCAGAUGGUUCAUGGUAUGGUUCAUGGGGUGUUUGUUUUACUUACGCUACAUGGUUUGGGGUCAAAGGGCUGGUGGCUUCUAGAAAGAACUACAGCAAUUGCUCAGGCGUUCGCAAAGUGUGCAACUUUUUUCUAUCGAAACAGGUUGAGUCUGGUGGGUGGGGAGAGAGCUAUCUGUCAUGCCAAGACAAGGUCUACUCAAAUCUUGAGGGAAAUAGGUCACAUUUGGUCAACACUGGAUGGGCUAUGAUGGCUCUCAUUAAUGCUGGACAGGCUGAGAGAGACGCUGCACCCUUGCACCGUGCAGCUAGAUAUUUGAUAAACUCUCAAAUGGAGAACGGAGAUUUUCCUCAGCAGGAAAUAAUGGGUGUGUUCAAUAGGAAUUGUAUGAUCACUUAUGCGGCGUACAGAAACGUAUUCCCUAUAUGGGCUUUGGGAGAAUACCGCUGUCGGGUGUUGAAAUAGGCUCCAUCAUGAGCAUGCUCUAUGACCUCAUUUGGUGGUUCCUCUCCUUUAUUUAAAUCUCACUAGUUUCUUAAUUCUCCAUGUUAUCAUGUUUCUUAUUUUCUUUUUCUUGCCCAAAUAUCAUUUUGUACCUUUGGCAAGCCUAAUAAGCAGUCAAUAUAAUAACAGAUAUAUGACUUAAAACACAUAAAAUGAAGGGUUUACCCCUAAUAAUGGAGUCAUUUUACACUUUGCUAAUUAUCAAUGUAUUAUCUUAUUAUUUAA